AAAGCAUCAACCUCCAUGCAAUACAUAAGAGUUCUGUAUUUAAAACAUCCUACUUUGUCUUGGUAAAAAUAACCUUUCAUCCUGAAAUUCUUAAAUUCAACAUAUGAGCAUUAUAAUUUCUUGAAAUAACAUUCUAGAAGCCUGUCUAGUUGGUAUAUUUGUAUGCGGCAGGCACGCAGAGAAAGGUGAAAUUACCGAUAAUUCUCCAAGGCAAGUUAGUAUUGCUAUAUCUGGAGAGAAUUCAUGAAGCUGAACCUGCCUUUCUUGUAAGAAAUACAUCAAAAACGCAUUCAGUUGCGCCACUGCUCCAUUUUUUCUGUGUCUUUACAUCAUUUUAAUGCACCAAACCUCUUAGCCUCCAACUGAAGUUCACGGUGUCAAUAGCAGAAAAAGAAUUACAGAAAGUCCUUGGCUGUGCUUCUGAAAAACAAUGCAACUUCUACAGAAACUGGUUUCUUUCACCAUCUGUGCGAGUCUUGUUAUUCUUCUUCUCCUACCAUUUGUCGUUUCAUCUCAAGAACACUUGAAAACCACAGGCAAUCUUACUAGCAACAAGAACAUCAUUCAUAAGUCAAGUCCUAAACUGCUGUUCGAGAUUACACUCCAUGGGUUUCUGCUGUGGGCCUCAAUGGGAUUUCUAAUGCCUGUUGGGGUGAUCGCUAUCAGAAUGUCACAAAGAGAGGCAUGCGGACGACGGCUUAAGAUUCUUUUCUAUGUUCAUUCCAUUUCGCAGAUGCUUUCUGUACUUCUCUCCACAGCGGGAGCAGUAAUGUCUAUAAAAAACUUCAACAACUCAUUCGACAAUCACCAUCAACGAAUAGGCGUAGGCCUGUAUGGUAUAGUAUGGUUACAAGCACUCGUUGGGUUUCUACGCCCGAGGAGAGGAUCUAAAGGAAGAGGUCUGUGGUUUUUUGUGCACUGGAUAACUGGAACUGCGGUAUCUCUUCUGGGAAUCGUCAACAUAUACACAGGAUUACAAGCUUACCAUCAGAAAACAUCAAGAAGAAUACAUAUUUGGACUAUACUGUUCACCACCGAGGUCUCUUUCAUUAUUUUCUUUUACCUGUUCCAAGACAAAUGGGAUUAUAUACAUAAGCAAGGAGUCAUUUUGGAACCAUUGAGGCCCACUCAUCAAGUAAUUUCUCCAGGAGAAAAGCAAAAGGGAUCAACAACUGAGUCUUGCUGAGAAAGUAGAUAAAAUGCCGUUGAAAACAAUUAUGGCCCCACUGUAAUAGGAUUUUGAAAGGAGAACUUGGAGAUAUUACUAACAGAGAAUUAUGCCCCCCUCUAGUUUUUCUUAUCGUUGGAUAUUCUCCGCUGCAAAGGAUCAGUAUUUGGAAGCAUUGAACGUUGGAUCGGAGAUUUAUAGCAAGUUUUAAUAAGAUGGAUUAUGCUUCUUUUUUCGCUUUUUCAUUUUUGGUGAACUACUAUUGUUCAACAGUUGUAAAUUUGAAUAUAGAUUUCUUGACCAUGUCGGGAUUUUAGUGUUGUAUCUAUGGUUUCCUUUUUCAUGGAGUGUAAAUACAGUUUUCCGAUAUCUAACUGGUUUGAUAAUAAUUUAAGACGAUGUGGAACAGAAA